CCUCUCUUCACCACACCACACUCUUCUUCUCGUUCCCAUUUCCCCUCCAAAAAAACACACAAGAAAAAGAAGAAGAACGAAAAAAAAAUACUCCCUCUUCCUUUCCACCAAACCAGGGGAAAAAGAAAAAAAAAAUGGAAACAACCGAUCACCACAACUUCCUCAUGAGCUCCAAAGACACAAGCUGGUACUUCUUCACCCUCCCCGCAUUCCUCGGCACCAAAACCCUCCUCGGCGGCGACACCUACUACCUCCUCUUCUCCCUCCUCGCCGCCUUCCUCUCCCUCGCCGCCGUCACCUGGCUCCUCACCCCGGGCGGCGCAGCAUGGCGCCACGGCCGCACCUCCCGCGGCCCGGCCCACAUCCCCGGCCCACGCGGGCUCCCAGUAUUCGGCAGCCUCUUCGCCCUCAGCCGCGGCCUGGCCCACCGCACCCUGGCUUCCAUGGCUUGGAGCCGAGCUGGGACCAACAAGCAGCUCAUGGCUCUCAGCCUCGGCGGCUCCACUCCCCUCGUCGUAUCCUCAGACCCGGCCACGGCGCGGGAGAUUCUCACAUCGGUCGGCUUCGCCGACCGCCCCAUCAAGCAGUCGGCUCGGAGCCUAAUGUUCGAGCGCGCCAUCGGGUUCGCCCCCAACGGCUCGUACUGGCGGCUCCUCAGAAAAAUCGCGUCGGCUUAUCUCUUCUCCCCGCGCCGCAUUGCGGCUCAUGAGCCGAUGAGGCAAGCCGAGUGCGCCGCGAUGCUCGACGGCUUGGCCGUCGAAAUGGCUACCAAAGGACGCGUGGUGCUCCGGUCCCACCUCCAGCUGGCGUCGCUCAACAACAUAAUGGGGAGCGUAUUCGGGAAGCGAUACGACGCCGUGGAGGACCGGUUCGAGCUGGAGAAGCUCAAGGAGAUGGUUCGCGAAGGGUUCGACCUGUUGGGCGCUUUCAACUGGUCCGAUUACCUGCCCUGGCUCAGCUGGUUCUACGACCCUUGCAAGAUCAACGAGCGGUGCGCCAAGCUGGUGCCACGUGUAAGGGAACUCGUGAAGGGAAUUAUCGAGGAGCACCGAAUGAAAGGGAAGUUCGGCGGUGACGGUGGCGAUUUCGUUGAUGUCUUGCUGUCGUUGGAAGGAGAGGAGAAGCUCGAGGAAGAUGACAUGAUCGCUGUCUUGUGGGAGAUGAUAUUCAGGGGAACCGAUACGACCGCGCUGCUGACCGAGUGGGUGAUGGCCGAGCUGGUCCUCCACCCAGAAAUCCAGCAGAAGCUGCGUGCCGAGCUGGACACAGUAGCCGGAGCUGUUCCCGCCGCCGAUUUGUCCGAUGCUGACGUGGCCAAAUCGCCGUACCUUCAGGCCGUGGUGAAGGAAACCCUGCGGGUCCACCCGCCGGGCCCGCUCCUGUCGUGGGCCAGGCUGUCGACCUCGGACGUCCACCUCAGCAACGGGAUGGUGGUCCCCGCGGGGACGACCGCCAUGGUCAACAUGUGGGCCAUUACCCACGACCCGGAGGUCUGGUCCGACCCGCUGGAGUUUCGACCCGAGAGGUUCCUGGAGAAAGGUGGUGUCGUCGAUGUCCGCGGCGGGGAUCUCAGGCUGGCUCCCUUUGGUGCUGGGCGGAGGGUUUGCCCCGGGAAGAAUCUCGGGAUGAAUACGGUGUCGCUCUGGGUGGCGAGUCUGGUGAACCGGUUCGAGUGGGGUGAGGAUGCGGCCGAGCCGGUUGAUCUGGAUGAGGUGCUGAAGCUGUCGUGUGAGAUGAAGCAUCCUUUGCAUGCUGUGGCCGUGGCUAGGAACUAAAAGUUGGUUGCUAAAAAGGGUUAUGGACAAGUGAAGUUUUUAGUAUUUUGGUUAGGUUUGAUUUUGUUGGGUCUUUUAGGGUCGGUUUUGGUUUGGUUUGAUGGGUUUGUUAGUUGGUUGGAAGGUGUUAAAGGUGUGAAGGGGUGAAAACGUGUUUAUUUGCAACUAAGAAUUGCAAGUAGCAUGUUUGAAGUUUUAGUAGGUUAUCCCUUCUUUUUUGGAUGCAAAAGUACGGUUGUUUUGAGGGCAGUAGUACAACUUGAAUGACUAAUAUUCUGUUUAAUAUAUUAAGGUCGUUGUUAUCAUGGUUAUCAUCUAAUUAAUGAAAAGUCUAAAGGUUU